AUUCAUAUUUAGCUCUUUUCCUUCAUCAUUAAAGGUAAAACCAGUCAAUGUUUUUCCAUCUCUCCCAUCAUUUUUUACUGUGCUUUUCGUAUUCUGCUUACUAAGUAGUUAACCCAAGGGAGACUUCCUUUAUAUUGGAAUUAUAAGAGCUGUAACUGCUCUUAACGUUUGUGGGGAGGAGGAGAAAGAGGGGAGCAGGGGAAGCAAGUCACGGGAAUAUAUGUGGUGUGAUUGAUACUAUGUCUUGCAUCACUGUACUAAUCUUCCCAUAAGCAUUCUUGCUUAUGUCCCACAUCAGUGUAUGCUGUUUAAAAUAAGGUACCCAGCCAUUAGGACAAAGUUGUUGGUAGUGCUUUAGGAGCAACAUCCAUCUGGCUGAUGCUGGGGCGGGGCAAGGGACAGACUAGAUGACUUCUAAAGGUCUACCAGGGGCUUCCUAGAAUUGCUGAGAAAAUAAACCCAAACUCUAGAUUGAGAUAUUCAGGUAUUACUGUGCAAGCUGACAUCACAAUAACCCUGAACAAGCACAGGCCACCCGUCUCACAAUGGGAACAAGUUCUCAUGCGGCUCCCACAUCGACUAUGGCUUUAAUACCAACAAACAACCAAACAAAGCUCAUCAAUGUUCUCUGGAGAUCAGAAUAGCAAUUCCAGAUAAUGAGAUCCUGGCAGGAGGAAUGCUCCUAAAGUCUCAGAGAAGGGCCUCCUUGGAUGUCUUUGAACUCUUGCUCUUCGUGGCAUUCUGCCUCUGCCUGGACUGAGCCUCCUGGGUCUACAACAGCAAACAAUGUUGCAAAAGGGGCCCACAUAUUCCGCUGCAGGAUCUGUAAGGGAGUCCUAGAUGGGAUUUUUAACAUGGCAACAAAGUCAGAACUUUCAGCUUUAUAAUUUUCCUAAAUUCAGAUGCUCUUUUUCUUCACAUCGCAGAAAAGCUGUCUCUGAUACAACCCGAGUCCGUGCAGGAGAGAAGCAAGAUGCUUCACACCAGAGACAACUCCUUUCCAAGCAGCAGCGCAGGGGGCCCAGCAUCCUACGAAACACCAGCACUAGCAGACCUCCAGCGACUGAUUUGGUUCAGAGGAGGGUCUGAUAACCACGUGGACCAAGUCUGGCCAAAUAUUUACCUGGGAGAUGCGUGGGCUGCUAGGAGUAUAACUACUAUUCAAAGCCUCAACAUAACUCAUAUCCUUAAUGCAGCAGAUGGGCCAUAUAGCAUCAACACAGGAGCCAAAUAUUACAAAGAUCUGCAAAUAGAGUACUUUGGAAUAGAAGCAUUUGAUGAUCCUUCCUUUGAUUUAAGUAUCUUCUUCUACGACGCUGCCAAUUUCAUAGGCAAAGCCUUAAACACUUCAGGAGGUAAAGUGUUCGUUCACUGUGCCAUGGGGGUGAGCCGCUCUGCAACAUUAGUGCUUGCCUUUUUGAUGAUCCAUGAAAACAUGACGCUCGUGGAUGCUCUGAAAACGGUUGGUUCUCACAGAGACAUCUGCCCAAACACAGGGUUCCUCAGCCAGCUGCGAGAACUGGACAUUAAAUUAAGUGAAGAGAGGAAAGGAAUCAGAGCACCUGCUAGCAAAGCACUGUAAAACAGGAUCGCUACAAGAGAGAGGACAAAACAUUACUUGAAUUUCCUGGAUCUCUUUGAAACGAACUGCAUUUGCAAACUAAGGAUAUAAGUUUAAGAUGCACUAGAUUGUAUGUUGUUACUAAAAAUACAUUUUACUUCACCUUCCCAUUUUGCAAAGCCACCUUAGCUUACACUUACUGUUGGUUGUAUAUUGUAUCCUUCCCUCUCCACCUUAAAAUAUCGCUCUCCGUUGGUAAAAAAAAAAAAAAAAAGAUAUCAGGUUCCACUUCAGAAAUAGCUGCAUUUCAGCAACGAAUGAAGCCCAUAUCACUUUAUGAAGUGUUAGGCCAUUUGAGGUGAAAGAUGCCAUAUUAUUUAUGCUACAAUAAUGCUUAGAAGUUUUCUUACGAAUCAGCCGCCCCCCAUCCCCUUCGCUCUCUGUAUCCAAAAUGGUUUGUAUUUUGAGACCCGAAUCUGACUCUGCUUAGUUCUUGCUUUUACAGUUGGUGGAGCCUGUGAGCUGGGGGUAAUGGGGCUGCUUAGAGGCAGAGCAGCUGGGGUACAGCACAAUUACAGCACACUAUUACAGAAAUAGUUCCAAGUCUACACUGAUUUCCCAUUGCCUGUUCAUCAGGUAGGUUUGAUUUUUUUUCUUGAUGAAAAUAUCUUUCUUCAAGAGGACAUUCAAAUACAGUUCAUCUUCCCUAGGAAAAUUCAUCCAGGAGGUGCUGUGUAACAUGCUUUUGAAAAGGAAGGUGGGUUCCCAGCCGAGGCUCCCAAUAGCUGCAUGGGCAGUGGGGGUGGGAGCAUGAAGGCAUUUGACAACAAAGCUCAAGGGAUCCCAAGUCUCUCUGGCAGCUUAACAUUACAAAACUCACGAUUUUCUUUCUCAAAAAUAAGGCCAUUAGCAUUGCAACAUCAUGUUCUGGGGCAUUUGCUUUUAUGGGAGGACUCAAGUGAAAACUGAAGGGAGACAGGAAUGGCAAGGGAGGUGCUGACAGACAUCAGACUUUCAUCUCUAUGUCUCUGGGCCACCAUAGCAGCACUCAAUAGCUACUGUCAUCUGAUGGAUCAGUGCUGCCUGGAAACUAUGAGAGCCACAUCUGGCUCUCGGUUCCCAGUGGACAAACACUCACAGCACAAAGGCAGCUCAGGGAUGGCAGCUGUUUGCAUUCCUGCUACCACACUCUGGAACGCAGAGGCAUGGAUGCUGCCCACUGUGGCAAUCCGGCUGCUCAAGAGCAGCAAAGCAACAAGGAAAAACACACCUUGCCAUUCCCAGUGCUGUUUGCAAGGCAGAUUCCUGCUUUCGUGAAAGGCUACUCAGCACCUUUUGUGAUUCUGUUUGGCUGUACCUACAUCUGCUAUGUAGACCGUACAAUAGGAGCAAGAGCUUGGAGCAGGGCGCUUGGUGCUGAGGCCCUGUCUCACACUGUGAGCGCAGGGGGCCUUAGUUCCCUGUGUAAAGAAACCUGCUCAUGGGCUGCGGGUCUGCUCUCCAGGGCAGCACAAGCACAGCACGUAGUGACGGUCGUCUUAAAAGAACUCUUCAGACCCAAAUCAAAGGUA